AAUAACCUCAUUUAAAUAUUCACACAGAAGCUGACUGGAGGUGAGUCUUUGGUGCCUAAAUUUUAGAGCCCUCCAUAACGUGUGCUGGCCAGCUCUCUGGUGGUAUCAGUUUUAGUUUACUACACAGCCUAAGAGUUUGCAUGAAUUAUGGACCAUCAUUGCCCAUCUUCCCCAGGAAGUGGGGAAGAUUCUCCUUAUUCAAACAGUUGUGGUUGGAUUGAGAAGCUGCUUGUGGAUGGAUGGGUAAGUGAUUGGUGUAUGUACUAAAUGGGAUCCUGGUGCCUGAUUAGGAAUAAACUCCCAGCGUUCAAUUUAAGGACAAUGAAAGCCCUUUUUUCAAGGUUGUAUUUGUAGGAAUGCUGUAGCCUCCCCCCCAUCACAUAUUUUUCUAUUGUCUUCUUGAGAAAUCUUUUUCUUUUGAAUUAAUUUCAGACUUUCACUAAAGUUGUGAGACUAGUACAAAGAAUUUUUCCUUGAACCCUUGAGGAGUAACUUGCCCACACUAACGUCCUGUCUGUUGUGAAUAUUUAUGUGUGUCUUUCUUACAGCAGGGACACUUUCCAACACGACCACAACAGAACAGAGUCGGAGAAUAAGGCUGGCAGUUGGUACCACUAACCCUUGGACUUCCUUGGAGUUUGGCAGAAAGGCGCCAUGCCGGUGGAAAGGAUGCGAAUGCGCCCCUGGCUGGAGGAACAGAUAAAUUCAAAUACAAUACCGGGGUUAAGGUGGAUUAACAAGGAAAAGAAGAUUUUCCAGAUCCCCUGGAUGCAUGCGGCUCGGCAUGGGUGGGAUGUGGAGAAAGAUGCACCACUCUUUAGAAACUGGGCGAUCCAUACAGGGAAGCAUCAACCAGGAGUAGAUAAACCUGAUCCAAAAACAUGGAAGGCGAAUUUUCGAUGUGCCAUGAAUUCCUUGCCUGAUAUUGAAGAAGUUAAAGAUAAAAGUAUAAAAAAGGGAAACAAUGCCUUCAGAGUAUACCGGAUGUUGCCCUUAUCCGAACGACCUUCUAAGAAAGGAAAGAAACCAAAGACAGAAAAAGAAGACAGAGUUAAGCACAUCAAGCAAGAACCAAUUGAGUCAUCUUUGGGGCUUAGUAAUGGAGUAAGUGAUCUUUCUCCCGAGUAUGCGGUCCUGACUUCAGCUAUAAAAAAUGAAGUGGAUAGUACGGUGAACAUCAUAGUUGUAGGACAGUCUCACCUGGACAGCAACAUUGAGGAUCAAGAGAUUGUCACUAAUCCGCCAGACAUUUGCCAAGUUGUGGAGGUGACCACUGAGAGCGAUGAGCAGCCGGUCAGCAUGAGUGAGCUCUACCCCCUGCAGAUUUCCCCUGUGUCUUCUUAUGCAGAAAGUGAAACUACCGAUAGUGUGCCCAGCGAUGAGGAGAGCACUGAGGGGAGACCACACUGGCGGAAGAGGAACAUCGAAGGCAAACAGUACCUCAGCAACAUGGGGACGCGGAGCACCUACCUGCUGCCUGGCGUCGCAUCCUUCGUCACUGCCAACAAGCCCGAUCUCCAGGUCACCAUCAAGGAAGAGAGCUGUACAAUGCCCUACAGCAGCUCCUGGCCCACACUUGCAGACCUCUCUCUCCCUUCCUCUGUGGCCCCCACACCCAGCAGCAGUCGGCCGGACAGGGAGACCAGGGCCAGUGUCAUCAAGAAGACGUCAGAUAUCACCCAGCCCCGAGUCAAGAGCUACUAAGUCUUUGACCCUCCCUAGUGGUUGUUGGGAUUUCUUAGCUUUGUGUUAUUGUUUGUAUUUUGUUCUCUCUCUGACACCUAUUUUAGACAAAUUUAAGGGGAAAAGCCUUGACAAUAGAACAUUGAUUGCUGUGUCCAACUCCAGUACUGGAGGUUUUAUUUUAAACUCAGGACUCCAGCCCCUUGGUAUCUCUAGAGCCUGCUGGAUCUCCCGGGGCUACUCCCUCAAGUUCAAGGACCAACAACCACAUGAGCAGUGGAGGUGCUGCGCUGCCUAUGGUCAAGGCCAGCAUGGUGGAAUGGAUGCCUCAGAACGGACGAGAAAAUGUGAACUAGCUGGAAUUUUUUAUUCUUGUGAAUAUGUACAUAGGGCAGCACUAGCAACACUGCAGUCUGCUUCUGCACCUUAUCUUAAAGCACUUAGGCCUUCUUGUGAUUUUGCUCUAUUCACAGCACAUACAGCGCCCCCUUCUUUCCCUGUUACCCCGCCUCCCCCCCUCUCCCCAUUCGGUUCCUUUCCUCCUUUUCCUCCCCUCGAAGGCUGUGCUCUACACCCUGGAGGAGGAGAAGAAGAAAAUGAACUUCACAGAUGUCCCAUUUUAAGACUGCUUGGGGAAAAAAAAAGUGUCUAAUCUGCUAUGCUUGAAUGCCACGCGGUACAAAGGAAAACUAUCAUGGAAAUAUUAUGCAAAUUCCCAGAUUUGAAGACGAAAAUACUCUAAUUCUAACCAGAGCAAGCUUUUUUAUUUUUUAUACAGGGAAUAUUUUAUUCAAGGUAAAAUUCUAAAUAAAAUAUAAUUGUUUUUUAUCUUUUCUACAGCAAAUUUAUAAUUUUAAGAUUCCUUUUCUUUAUCAGCAGUUGUUACUACAUCCUUGUGGCACAUUUUUUUUUAAUUUUGUAAAGGUGAGAAAAGCUUUUAUGAGCUCAUGUAGCAAUCAAAUUAUCCUGUGGAUUGAUAAUAAAUGAAUAUGAUAUAUAGUUAAAUUUUUAA